UAGAAAGCCCUCAAGAACAUCCGGUUCGGUUAGUUUACAUCCGGAUGCGGAAGUGUGCAUUCCACUGAACUUUUGCACCGAUCAUACCGGCAAGGAUGGUGCCUUAUAAAAGCUUUACUCUCGGCUCCAUCCUGGACCAAAGAAGUUCUUAAGUUCAGGGGGAAGUUUGUGCACCCUGCCCAUGCUUCUAAAUGAGAAGAAAUGUACGAACAACCCAAGAUGCUGAGUCACAUGUUGGCGGGGUGUGUCUUCUUUCCAGGAACUUUCUACCUCCUGGUAGCGGGUGUUGGUAAAAUAUGGCCAGGAUUGAGCAGAGCAGACCUCUUCCUCUUGUGCAACAGUGCUGUGUCUUCUCUCCAAGCCAUCAUCUCGUGCCUUGUCGGUGCUGUCGUCGUUGUGAACUGUUACAGAGAGAUUCUGUACGCCCGCCAUUGGCUGGUAGAGGCAUACACCUGUUUUGGAGUGGUGUACUUCUACUACGAUAUUUGGUCCAUGUACCUCGUGGAAUGCGCCAGGUUUCCUGAACAAACAACCAAUGGCUGGCUUCCCCUCAAGUUCUUCCUCAAGAGAAAGGGACUCAUGGUGUUUCACCACCUUGCCUUGCCGGCUAUUUUCUUCCCAAUUAUCAUGUUCUUCAGAAAAGGACUUGGCGACUUCUUCGUGGCUAGCCUGUUCUUCCUUGAACUCAGUACGCCGUUCGUUGCCAUGCGUUCCGUCCUCUUACGUUUCCAGCUAGAAAACAGUCUUGUUUACCUACUAAACGGUGUGUUUGCGAUCGUAGCCUUCUUCAUGUGUAGAAUCGCCAUCUUCCCCAUGCUCUACGCUGUGUAUGGUGACAAGUACGGACUUUCAAUCAUGCAAGUGCCAUUUGUAAUACCAGUGAAGUGUAAUGUUGGGUGUGCAGUUAUUCUGGGCUUUCAAAUUUACUGGUUUGCCCAGAUGAUACGACUGCUGAGGUCCUACUCACCAAACCAAAAUGGAAAACAUCAGUCUCCACUAGAAAAGGAACUUUGACAAGAAGUGAAAUUUUAUAGUAUAUGUUUUGUAGGAUUUAUGUAUUUAAUCAGAGAUGUUGCAAUCAAUUUAUGAUAGAAAUGCAGAUGUUUUAUACAGAUGUAACGUUAUAUGAUGGCAUGUGCAUGUACCAUAUAGCACUGUGCUAUCAUAACUUGGCAAUCAGCUAUGCAAAAUCAGCAAUGUAUCAAAUCAACACAUACCAAGACUGGCCAUGCAUUCAAUUAAGUUCAAAUAGACAAAUGAAAUCAUUAUUGCAAUGUGUAAGAGUUAGUAAGCUAAAGUGAUUUUUGUAUUGAAAUAUUUUGACUAUAAAUCAUACAGUAUUUAUAUUAUUGAUCAUUUUAUAGGAAAAUAUUUUUUUUUUUUUUUCUGUGAUAAGAAACUGAGAAAUGAUGACUGAGUGUCUUUAUGAUCAACCAAAACUUCCAAUCACUGUGGAGAGACAAAGAAUCUAAAUGACAUUAAAUAUUUACAAACAAUGACCUGUUAACAAUUCAGGCUACUACUGUGUUUCUCCACGCGUAGAAGGAUAAGCGUGUGUUUUAGAAGUUCUGAUAGGACAUAUCCUCAAGUGACAAGUAUG